AUGUAUAUUUUCCAAAUGCUAAAUGCUAACAGGGCAAGAAGUCAGCCUAGAUCAACUCGAUCUGUGUCUUUAGGAGGUAUGGAUUAUGCAGACCCAAAGAAGAAGAACAAUGUUGUAGGCAAAGUUCUCUUGGCUGCUACACUAACAACAUUGUGCAUUAUCAUGCUCAAACAAUCUCCAAGUUUUACCAGCCCAAGCCUGACAAACACUCAAGUUUUAACAGGAAUAAACAUGCGUUAG